AUGGAAGCAUACGUCGCAGUAUACGACAGGCGCGAACUAAGACCGGUGUCGUCUGACCGGUUCUACGACUUAGUGACGUUGAUUGCAACCCGCGUGUGGCAUGCGACGGAGAUUUCCUCGGUGGACCCCAUCCCAGUUGGGGAUGCCGAGCGCGCCCCCUUCACUCAUCUGGUCAAGGCGGUUCUCUCCCCCCUUCGCAUCUGGACCAAGCCGCUGAUCAAACGUCUGAGUUUCCACGCCCCCCCCCCCGUUGAUCAAACAACACCCCAAGUGCUCCGAAUAUCGAGCAUCUCCCACACAACUGCAGAGGUAUCUCAAGACGACAGUACGCCCGCUACUUAA